AUGUCCAGACCAGUGUCGCUGUGUGCGUUAGCGAUCAGUUGGCUUGUGGUGGGGCAUUCGCAGGCGAACGUUAUCCUGUAUGAUGAGACCGAGAACAAUAGCAUUGCUGGAUCGAGCGAAGUGAUAGAUUUGUCCCAUCUCGGACCAGAGCUAUACGGUGAGCCGGACGAAGAAGUGGGCAAACUGGUGGCCAACUACGAUCCAGCCACUGAUAGCCGAAAUGUGGAGGAGCUGGGCUCGUACGUCGAGGGCGACAUUCUGAUCGAUCGUCCGGAUGGGCGGAACGGUCUGUCCAAUACGGCUGCCCGCUGGCCGAAAGGUGUGGUACCGUUUGUGAUUUCGGGAAACUUCGACGCCAAAGGAAUGCAGCUGAUCGAGCAGGCUAUCAAUGAGUAUCACGCGAAGACGUGCAUCCGUUUCGUCCCUCGCAUGGGCGAAACUAACUACGUUUCGUUCGAGAGUUCGGCCAGUGGCUGCUGGUCCAGUGUGGGCAUGACCGGAGGCAAACAGGCCGUCAAUCUGCAGAUUCCCGGCUGCACCACACUCGUCGGUACGGUCAUGCACGAGAUGAUGCAUGCGCUCGGAUUUCUGCACGAACAGAACCGCGAAGAUCGCGACAGCUGGGUGAAAAUACGGUACGAGAACAUCAAGCCCGAUACGAAAAACAACUUUGAAAAGGCAAAGAAGGGUUCCACCAACAGCUUCGGGGUGUCGUACGACUAUGGCAGCAUCAUGCAUUACUCCGAGAAUGCUUUCUCCACCAAUGGCAGACCCACGAUCGAGGCAACGAAAUCUUUGAAUGGUGCUAAAAUGGGACAGCGGGAUGGAUUUUCGUGGAACGAUAUGGAAAAGCUCAACCAGAUGUACGAUUGUCAGGGAAGCAAGGGAAAUGGACAAACGUUGCUCAGGCCUCCCUCGUUUGGGAUGUUUCCUGGUACCGGAAUGCCCGGACCGGCAGGACCAUCUAGGCCAGGUGGUGGGCCAUUCUUGCCACCAUCUGGGCCAGGUCCCUACAAUCCGUACUAUCCACCGAAUGGAGGCCCGAUGUUCCCCUACGCACCCUACCCUGGCCCUGGGUUUGGAUACUAUCCUUACGAUGUAAACGUGGCAGAGAACGGAGACGCAACGAAAUAA